ACGAAUUAGGAAGGUGCACAUUGAUUCAAUUCCGCGAUAAGAUAACAGCUUCACGUGCCUUCCUAUGACAUCAUCCAUAUUGUUAUUAUCAAUGAAAUACCCUAAUCUCCAAUAUUUAUCCACAGCUCCACUAAUAAGUAGUAUACCAUUGGUGCUAUAGUAACCCUGCAUCACCAUGAUGCAACUGUCCUGUCACUACUCCAAAACUAAGGCCGACAAGCUCAGGAUAAAUACAACCCGUUCCAUCGCCAAGAUGUCAAUCACGAAUUGCAGAACCCACCGCGUUCUAUCACUAUCAAUAAGUACAAGUUUAAUAUCACAACAAUGACACACAAGCACGGCAAACAUACUCCCCGUCUUCACAAGGUCGGAAAAUGGAUGCCCUCCACCCUAGACAGCCACCACGAAUGGCUGGGCGGGCUAAUUGCUCACGUCGACAGCAAAGCCGACCACGAGCUUCACCCGGUGAUGAAGGAAUUCCAACAUCUCAUUGAAACCAACACACGGAUCUACCUCCUUAUAGAAGCUAUGUUCACCGAGGUCCCCCGCAACAGAGUAUACGCCACAGAUCCAACCGGAUGUCCACAAAUCCGAGACUAUAAACAUAUGAUCCGGGUACUGAAUCAUCUUCUUACGACGGCGCCCUCAUGGAGUGACUUUACCCACCGCGUCGGUCUCGUUGGGUUACCGAUUAAUGCAGUGCUGGACUGGCCUAUGGGCACACCCAGUGGGUACGCUGCGUUCCUCGAUCCAGAGAUCAAUGCCAUGAUCAAAAAGAUACUAAACGCCUGGGGCGAGUACUUGCAGUCACCUGAGUCAGCCCAUGUGCUAGAUAAUUCGCAGUACGGAUGGUUCGGUGAAACGGGGAAAAAUAAUCUUGUCACAGUCGCUAAUGUAGGAAAGACGAACUACUGCUUCGAGGAUAUGUUUGUAUGUAACCCCUCUCAGAAAUACUACGGGUACAAAUCAUGGGAUGAUUUCUUUACCCGGGUCUUCCGGCCCGGUAUUCGCCCUGUUGCAUCACCAGACGACGACAACAUAAUUGCCAACGCCUGCGAGUCGCAGCCGUACAAGGUGGCUCGCGACGUCAAGGGAAGAGACAUCUUCUGGAUCAAGAGUCAGCCAUAUUCAGUCUUUGAUAUGCUGGCACACGAUUCACUUGCUGAACAGUUCAUCGGCGGAACUGUCUAUCAAGCUUUCCUGAGUGCCUUGAGCUAUCACCGCUGGCAUGCGCCUAUCAGUGGGAAGAUUGUGAAGGCCUACGUUGUUGAUGGGACGUAUUAUUCAGAGCCGCUGUUCGAAGGUCUGGGAGAUCCACAUCCCCAUGAUAUCGAUUCUGUUGGAGAAGUCACGGCCCAGGAGUACAUUACAGCGGUUGCUACAAGAGCAUUGAUCUUUAUCGAAAGUGACAACCCUGCGAUUGGACUAAUGGCAUUCCUUGGCAUCGGGAUGUGUGAAGUUUCGACCUGCCAGAUCACAGUCUCUGAAGGUCAACAUGUCAAAAAAGGAGACGAAAUUGGAAUGUUCCAUUUUGGCGGGUCAACACAUUGUCUGCUGUUCCGGAAGGGCGUCAAUGUCAAUGAAUUCCCAUCUAUGGAGACGGACCAAAACGUCCCAGUCAAGGGCCAGGUUGCUGUUGUAACCCCUUGAAGACUUGAUCUGGACACUUCUCUGUCAUGUACAUAUGUAAGAAAUUAAAGUUGUGGAAGUGU